UAAUCCACGGAUUCCAAGUGAAAGAACAAGCAAUCAAAGGGAACCACAACACAUCAAUCAUUCAAUUGUAUCUUACGUUUCUUUCCUUGAUAUUAAUUUUCAUAUAAGUUAGUCUUUGUAUCGGAUUCUCCUUCUUGACAGAUUUGCUGUUUAAAAAAAUAAAGCAGAAAAGACAAGACCUGAAUUGUUUAAGCUCAUUGGAGCUCCAUGUUGGUGACAGUUGUUAAAUUCUAUUUGUUAUUCAGUUCCUAGCGUUAUAAGCGUAUCUUUAUCCUUCGGUUAGUGUGUUCCCCACAAAAAUUACAUACUAGAGUACAUCCAUGAAAAUCAUAGAUAGAAUAGGGAGCCUCAUACGAGGCAUAUUCGCCACAUUAUACCUCGUGUUGGUCAUUUUGACUAUCCCGUUAGCAUUUGAUGUUGGUGGAGUCAAAUGUGGAUUGGCUUUUUCCUUGACUACAUUUGUUAUUUAUUUCAUAUUAACCACCAUCAGAAUAAUGGCUCGUAGAACGAGGUACUUCCGGUGGAUUUCAAUCGUUUAUUACAGUCAACAUUUUAUCAUUCCAAGUUUAUUGACAUUCUUCUUGAGUUAUUUUGCUGCCCAUGCCAAAGAAGCAUCUCACGAAUAUAAAUACUUCAAUCCCCUUGCAUUUUGGAAAGUCAUGUUACAAAAUGCAACCCCGGUGUUUACUAUUUUAGAAGGGUUCUGUUCAUUGUUGUUAAUACAAGCAAUUGGUCAAACCGUGAAUUGGUUAACCAUCUAUAAAUCAGAUUCGUGGUUGAUUGUAUCGUUGAUUGGAAGCGGUUCGAUUAUUACUGCUGCGAUAUAUUUCUUGUGUCGAAUCUAUGUGUUUCCAUUCUCAAUUGACAUUGCUAGUGCUUCGCUUUUAGGAUCAUUAGUUACUUUAACUUUUGGGCUAGGAUUAUUUGGAAUAGUCAGUGGUCAAGGCUCAAUAAUUGAAUCUUCAUUGUUAUUUGCAUAUAUUGUAAGAUGCAUAUAUGAAACAUUUCCUAUCUUGUCUGAAAAUGCUUCUCAAACAUUAGCAACAUUAUUAACCCAAGCCACAUCUAAUUUACGUCAUGAAAUCCCCAAAAUCCCACCAUCAAUCUUGAACCCAAUUUCCGAACUUGUUCCAUUCUUAGCAUCCACCUUACCCGCAUCAUUCAAAGGAAUUUGGGAUUUCUUGAUCAUGGCCAUUUUAAAAUUGCCAUUCCCAUUGUUCUUGAAAUUAGCCUAUAGAAUUGGAGUAUUUUAUGCUGCCACCAAGAUUAUUCCUACAUUAUACCAUUCAGCCGCAUACCCUUCAGUUACUCCACCAAAGACCCCAACUAUACGAUCAAGACAGGCAUCAAGCACAUCAUUGUCAAGAAUGUCUAAUGAAACUGAACCUAAUUCCAAAGCGAAUUCCACCGAUCCUAAACGUCUGCACAGAAGAAAGAAAUCAUUCCGGUUAAAACCACCCCACCAUCAGCCACCUUCAGCCAUGAUCCGAAUAAUAUAUGCAUAUGCUCCAUGUUUGAUAAUCGCAGUGUAUACCCACUUGAUGUUAUCCUACAUUGGAGAAUUGGGUACCGAAUUACAAUUAUGGCCAUUAUAUGGCGAGCUAAGUUCGACAGAUGCAAGUGCCCUGAUUAUAGUUCAUCCUUGGCAAUUUUGGAAUUGGGUGAAUAUGGGCACAACUUUACUUUUAUAUGCUGUUGAGUUGCUGGGGAAUGAUGGUUCUUCGAAAGGGGGUAAUAGUUUGACUAGUCAUUGGAAAGUUGAAUAGAGAUUUGGGUUGCUUGGUUUAUAUAUUUAUUAUGUUUAUUAUUAAUAUCGAUAUUAUUUCUACAGAUUCCUCUUCUCUGUUUACACCAUUUAUUCAAAUUCUGCAUAAUUCUUUGAGAAUAACUUUUCAAUCAGAGUAAAUUGCAACUCUCUUCAUCUUCACUCAUCCCGCCAUCUUUCCAGACGGUGAUGGUAAAGGUUCAGAGCUUGACUCUAUGUUUGCUUGGAUGUCUCAUCAUACGAAAAGUUUUCUCAUUGAAAAAAAAUUAACAGAAAUUGUAUAAAUCAUGUACAACUUCACCUGAAGUUGAAGUCUGGCAUAUUUGACUAUGCACACACGAGCUGGCAUCUUAUACACUAAACUCUGCAUCAGACUUUUGUGAAAAGGGGGGGGACCUCCAUGAAUCAAGAAUAAGCUCCAUUGCGUUAAUCAUACCGAUCAUUCGUCAUGACUAUCGUUUAGGAUCCGCAAGAUCCCAAUGUCGACUGUCCAAUACCAUUCCGAGAAAUGAUACCGGAAUACAUCCAAAUGAGAUAAAUAAACCCAUUCAGGAACGUAAUACGGCACGUACUUUCCCAAUGCACAAAAUACACCCAAAAAGCAAACAUCUCCGUGUAUGACCCCUUAAGAACCAGGUCCGUGUUAACCCCGUAUAUUGAACCUGUGCAAUAAUCCCACAUUCAAUUGUGCAUCAGUUGCCAGAGCUAGAAAGACAAGAUCCAAAUGGAUUAGCAACAAAAACACAGAAUCAAGAAAUUCACAACAUGGAACAAUAGAGCCAACAGGAUCCGACCCACCCUGAAAGAGUAAGGAAAUCAAAGAGAUAUAAAGCAAGGACAUAUCAGCACAAAUGGGAAUGUAAACCGCCGUCAAUGAAAUCUGUGAUAGAUCAUUGCGUUUCCGCUAUUGUGACAGGAGACUUUCCCCAAAGCUUUGAUUGACUUGUAAAAGUCUUUUUGUAGGCUUCGAUGACGAAUCUUUGAACAUGGAGGUG